GCUAUCGGUGUGCUUAUGCGUAAGUUCGUGCAUCGGCGCACGUAUGGCUCCUAACACCUCCUUGCUCGUGCUCCUCUUCCUCCUGCCCGCCGCCGCCACCGCCGCCGCACCGGCUACCGGCAACACCGCCUUCAACGUGACGGAGAUCCUCGGCCGGUACCCGGAGUUCAAGCUCUUCAACCUCCUGCUCUCCAAGACCCGCGUCGCGCGCGAGGUCAACAGCCGGAGCCCCGUGACCGUGCUCGUCCCGGGCAACUCCGCGGUGGACUGGCUCCUCCGCCGCAGCGCCAGGCUGCCGCGCGCCGCGCUCGUGGAGCUCGUCUCCGUGCACGUCGCGCUGGACUACAUCGACGCGGCCAAGCUGGCGUCGCUGCCCCGGGGCCAGCCCACCGUGGUCACCACGCUGUUCCAGACCACGGGGAGCGCGCUCGGCCGCACGGGGUUCCUGAACGUCACCGCCGCGGGGCGUGGCGGCGCGAGCGCCGUCUUCGUCUCGGCCGCGCCGGGGUCGCUGGUCAGCGCCACGUUGAAGAGGGCCGUGACCGCGAAGCCGUACAACAUAUCGGUGCUCCAGAUCAGCAACCUCGUCGUGCCGCCGGGCAUCAUCACCAGGCCGCGGCUGCCGCUGCCGCCGUCGCCGUCGCCGCCCGCGCCAAGGAUGACGCAGAUGGCGGUCGCGCCGAGCCCUCCGCCGACGUUAACUUCGCCGCGGCAAUCUCCGUCGACGUUGUUACCGGCCUCAGUGGGCGAUACCGCGGAGGCUCCGGACACUGCUGAAGCGCCGGUGCCGUCGCAUGGCCAUGUGGCGCAAGUGGCGAGUUGGUGGACUGCUGCGGCCGUGGGGAUGGCAAUGGCAUGCAUACUGAUCGGGUACUUGUAGGUCACUGCAUUUGCAAAUUGCAACUGGUUCGGUCGGGUGGGAAUUGGAUCGUCCCUUGCAUUUUAUAAGAGUAGUUCAUUUUGCGCGCCAUAUAUAUAGUUAACUCUUAUGGCUCAUUUUCUUUUGUCGAUCUUUCCAAAAAAAAAUCGUUUCCUUGUAUUAUUACGCUUCUUGGAAUUAUAAAGAGUAGAAGAAAUACAAAGGCCA